AUGCGGGGAUUUGAGGCAUCGGGGCCCGGUGCUCUCUUUGAUGCUCCCUCGACUCUUGCCACAUCCAUCCAAGUCAAUCCCACCGCCGCUUUGGCCUCUCCUCCGACUGAUCCGAAAUUGGUCGCUUCGAACAUCGAGCAUGUUUUGCAAGCAAUGUCCUACGACAAUGGCGGUCUGGUUAGCGUCAGUGGCAACUCAUCGGGUUCUACCGGCAAGGGUAUCCUGAUAGGCGUCCUCUCGGCCUUCGGUUCGGCCGCAGUCGCAGUUCUUGUUCUCGCGAUCUUCUUUUUUUUCAAAUAUACCCAGCGGGGCAGAAUCAUACUCGAUCGCAUUGGCCGACCGGGCGAAUUUGACGAUGAGCAGGCGUUUGCGCGCGAGGAGGCAGAAGCCUUAGAGGUGAUGGAUGACCUGACGCGAUCGGAAUAUCUAAGAGCAAAGGCCUUUAUCGAAGCAAACCCACCCGAGUCAAUGCAAACCGACAUAUCGCUAUCGCAAUUCCUCGCAAUACAAGAAAAAGGAGUGUCCGCAUGGGAGUUUCAGCCAGAGUUGGAAAUUGCCAACUGCUUUGUCGAAGGCCGGACGGAGAUCGAGUUCUACGACUCGGAAUGCAGUGUUCAAACCAAUUUGCCUGUUCCGAAACAAAAUGACGUCUAUUACUGGGAGGCCAAGAUCUAUGACAAGCCCGAUAAUACUCUUAUCAGUAUUGGCAUGACUACAAAACCGUACCCCUUGUUCAAGUUACCAGGUUUCCACAAGACCUCGGUCGCAUACCAGUCCACGGGUCAUAGGCGACACAAUCAGCCGUUCACGCCAAUGCCAUACGGUCCGCAGCUUUUGCAGGGCGAUGUGAUCGGCGUAGGGUAUCGACCUCGCUCGGGCACGAUCUUCUUCACUCGCAACGGUAAGAAGCUGGAAGACGUGGUCCACGGCCAAAAGACGCAGAAUUUCUUCCCGACUGUCGGCGCCAACGGCCCUUGUGCUGUACACGUAAACUUUGGUCAGAUGGGAUUCGUGUUUAUCGAAGCCAAUGUCAAGAAAUGGGGUCUGGCCCCGAUGACUGGCAGUCUGGCCCCUCCUCCGCCUUACGGAAGCGAACAAGGCAGCAUCCUACUUGAAUCAGGCCGGGAGAGUGCAGCUCAGAUCUCUCAGCGGGUUUAUCAGGAUGCCAAUAACGCGCGCACGAGUUCGACUGUCCGCGUGGCGCCGUCCGCUAGCCCUGGCCCAGUGCGGUCUCCAACCGACAUCUCCCUGGCUCAGCUUGCUCACAUCCCGUCGAACGAAGACGUCGGGGAAGGGUCGAGCCGGGCCAAUGGCGAGGGUGAGCAGGUUCCCUUAUUGCAUACGGACGACCUCGACCAGAUCCCGCCCCCUGAGUAUUCCAGCCCGAACGGCAGUCUCAGAGGCAGCGAGGACCUGCACCCGAUACCCAGUUACGAUGCUGCUGUUGGCAAUCGUGACGGCCACGACCUACCCACGGAUGAGACCCGUUGA